AUGGCUGAAGCAUUGGUUUCCGUAGUGCUACAACAGCUGGCUUCCAUCACCCUGGAGCAAAUAGAAGAAGAGGUGAACCUGGUCGUCGGUGUCGACCAAGAAGUCCAAAAUCUCAUCGGCCAUCUCCAGGCAGUUCAAGGCGUGCUCCAGGAUGCAGAGGAGAGGCAGGUGAAGGAGGCCAACAUCAAGAAUUGGCUGUACAAUCUGAAAGACGCGUCAUACCAGAUAAACGACGUUUUGGAUGACUGGAACACCGCCAUUCUCAAGCAUCACAUGAAGAAGCAAGAAAAAGAAGGUGAGAAUAAUGAUCUUGUCCUUGCUAAGAGGAAUAAGGUACGGUUCUCCAUUCCAUCCUUCCUCGGCAAUAUUCUUAUCUAUUUUGGUCAAAUUGGCGAUCGGAUAAUUAUGCGUCGUCACAUUGCUAAGAGGAUAAAAGAAAUCAAUGAAAGGCUAACUUGGAUAGCAAUUUUAAGAAACAAUUAUAACUUUCAAAGCACAGUAAGAGGCACCGAACAAGUUGAACGAUCCAAAACCACUUCUUUUGUCGACUUGUCUACCAUAAUUGGUCGUGAAGAGGAAAAAAAAGAAAUAAUUAGGACUUUGAAAAGUGAGAGUGGUGAUCAAUUGGUAAUACCGAUUGUAGGGAUGGGAGGGUUGGGCAAGACUGCUUUUGCCCAAUCUGUGUACAAUGACCAAAAUGUAACAACUCAUUUCCACGAGAGAAUAUGGGUUUGUGUGUCUGACCCUUUUGAAGAGAUUAAGAUUGCCCAAGCCAUCAUUGAAGUUCUGAAAAAAGACGAUGAUCGAAAGAACUCAAAUGUGUUUCAAAUUUUGUUGAAUUGUAUAUUUGAAAAUAUUCAUGAUAAAAAGUUUCUCCUUAUCUUAGAUGAUGUGUGGAAUCCCACUGAAUCAAACUGGAAACAAUUAAAGGCAGCUUUGCAAAAUGGUGAUAAAAACAGUAGAAUAUUAGUGACCACACGGAAAAACAAUGUUGUUGAUAUGAUGGGAGAAACCAAUGAUCACAUGAUCAAUUUGAAUAAGUUGCGCGACCAAGAUUGUUUGGAAUUAUUCCGUAGAAUUGCAUUCUUUGACAAAGAAAAAGAUGAGUCUAAGUUGUUUGAUGAAGAUAUUAAGAACAAGAUUGCAAAAAAGGUUGAUGGCUUGCCUCUAGCUGCAAAGACUUUAGCUAGUCUCAUGCGAUAUAAAAAGACAAGAAAGGAAUGGGUAGCUGUUUUGGAGAGUAAGAUGUGGGAAUUAGAAGAGGUUGAACAACAGGUUUUUCAAUCACUAUUACUUAGCUAUUAUGAUUUGGCUCCAGCGGUCAGACGGUGUCUUUUAUUUUGUGCUGUUUUCCCAAAAGAUUAUGAGUUUGAUAGAAAUGAGUUGAUUGAGUGUUGGAUGUCACAAGAAUAUCUUAGUAUGAAAGGAGAUAGAGAAAAAGAAAGAAUGAUAGGCCAACAUUACUUUGAUACCUUGGUGAUGCGUUCUUUUUUCCAAGAUUUUGUUAAAGGCGGAAUGGAUGAUGAUAUUAUACGCUGCAAAAUGCAUGAUAUUGUGCAUGACUUUGUACAGUUUCUCACCAAAAAUGAAUGUUUUAUUAUGGAGGUGACGGAAAGUUGCAAAGAGGAAAACAUGGUAGUCCAUAAUAAGGACUCUGGCGAGGAUGAUGAAGGAAUUUUCAAGUUAGGGGAUUUGGGAAACUUGAAGCAGCUUCAAGGGAGCCUUCGUAUAGAAAACUUGAAGUCAGCGAAAGAUGGGAGUGAGGCUAAAAAUGCAGAAUUGGUGAACAAGAAGAACCUCCUUCAUUUGACUCUACAUUUUGGGCACAACUUUAGAGAGAGAGAGGCGAAUUUAAAGGAUGAAGAAAUACUUAAUGGCUUUCAAGUGCAUACAAAUUUGGAGUCGUUGGCUAUCAGUAAAUACCACAGUACCACCCUGUGCCCCAGUUGGAUGAUGAGCUGUCAUAAUCUGAGAAGGCUUGAAUUCUAUGAGGUUCAAUUUUGUGGGGGGUUGGCUCCUCUGGGGAAACUCCAGUCCCUUGAAUAUUUAGAGAUAAGUUGGAUGAGGAGUGUGAAAAAGGUGGGAGUUGAAUUUUUGGGAAUAACAGGCGAAACACCGCAAACAUUAAUAAAGUCGUUUCCGAAAUUGAAAAAACUCCGACUUCGAGACAUGGAGCAGUGGGAAGAAUGGGAAGGAGUAGAAGAAGAGGAUUCUAAAAUUACAAUAAUGCCAUCUCUUUUAUACUUAGAAAUCAUAUCCUGCAAAAAGCUAAAAGCACUGCCGAACUACCUAUGGAAGACCCCACUGCGGGAAUUGAGCAUCAUGCAGGAUUGUUCGAUUCUUGCACAAUGGUUCGAGACUAGAUGUGGACGGAACAUUGACAGGGAAGAAGCAGAAGUGGAUCUUAACCAAUCUCUGUUAGCAGAACCAUCUCAAGCCAAACACCUUCCAUCCAGAGUUUGGAUAGACUCCAAGGAACUAUGGCGAGUUGUGGGUCCCGCCAUCGUCAGCCGUUUGGCUGGCUACUCCAUGGGUGUUAUUACACAAGCCUUUGCCGGCCACCUUAGUGUACAUGUCGUCCAACUCGCUUCCAUUUCCAUUGCCAACAAUGUCGUUCUGGGUUUCACUUUCGGUCUCCUGCUAGGCAUGGCAAGUGCGCUAGAGACACUAUGUCGGCAGGCUUUUGGGGCAAAGAGGCACCACAUGUUGGGGAUACACCUACAAAGGUCAUGGAUUGUGUUGUUUUUCUGCUGCAUUCUGUUGUUACCUAUAUACAUUUUCGCCUCUCCAAUCCUGAAACUGUUAGGGCAGGCCGAUGAUGUGGCGGAGCAAACUGGGGUGGUGUCUUUGUGGCUUCUGCCCUUGCACUUCAGCUAUGCGUUUUUGUUCCCACUGCAGAGGUUCUUGCAGAGCCAGCUGAAGAACUUUGUGACUUUGUGGGUUUCCUUGGUGGUUUUGGUGUUUCAUGCGUUGAUAAGUCGGCUUUUUGUGUAUGUAUUGAACUUUGGGGUUGUGGGUGCUGCUGUUGCUUUGGAUAUCUCAUGGUGGGUUUUGUGCUUUGGGCUGCUUGGCUAUGUUACAUGUGGUUGGUGUCCACUGAGCUGGACUGGUUUCUCCAUGGAAGCCUUUUAUGGGCUUUGGGAAUUUGUCAAACUUUCUACUGCUUCUGGUGUCAUGCUCUGUUUGGAAUUCUGGUACUAUAGAAUCUUGAUAUUGAUGACUGGAUACUUACAGAACGCGACUCUUGCUGUGGAUGCCUUAUCAAUUUGCAUGACUAUAAAUGGGUGGGAGCUCAUGAUUCAUCUAGCCUUCUUUGCUGGAACAGGGAGUGGCUGUGGGCUUCAGGAUGGCAAGCAUGGCAUUGACAGGGAAGAAGCAGAAGUGGAUCUGAACCAAUCUCUGUUAGCAGAACCAUCUCAAGCCAAACACCUUCCAUCCAGAGUUUGGAUAGAGUCCAAGAAACUGUGGCGAGUUGUGGGUCCAGCCAUCGUCAGCCGUUUGGCUGGCUACUCCAUGGGUGUUAUUACACAAGCCUUUGCCGGCCACCUUGGUGUCGUCGAACUCGCAUCCAUUUCCAUUGCCAACAAUGUCGUUCUGGGUUUCACUUUCGGUCUCUUGCUAGGCAUGGCAAGUGCGCUAGAGACACUAUGUGGGCAGGCUUUUGGGGCAAAGAGGCACCACAUGUUGGGGAUAUACCUACAAAGGUCAUGGAUUGUGUUGUUUUUCUGCUGCAUUCUGCUGUUACCUAUAUACAUUUUCGCCUCUCCGAUCCUGAAACUGUUAGGGCAGGCCGAUGACGUGGCGGAGCAAACUGGGGUGGUGUCUUUGUGGCUUCUGCCCUUGCACUUCAGCUAUGCGUUUCUGUUCCCACUGCAGAGGUUCUUGCAGAGCCAGCUGAAGAACUUUGUGACUUUGUGGGUUUCCUUGGUGGUUUUAGUGUUUCAUGCAUUGAUAAGUUGGCUUUUUGUGUAUGUUUUGGACUUUGGGGUUGUGGGUGCUGCUGUUGCUUUGGAUAUCUCAUGGUGGGUUUUGUGCUUUGGGCUGCUUGGCUAUGUUACAUGUGGUUGGUGUCCACUGAGCUGGACUGGUUUCUCCAUGGAAGCCUUUUAUGGGCUUUGGGAAUUUGUCAAACUUUCUACUGCUUCUGGUGUCAUGCUCUGUUUGGAGUUCUGGUACUAUAGAAUCUUGAUAUUGAUGACUGGAUACUUACAGAACGCGACUCUUGCUGUGGAUGCCUUAUCAAUUUGCAUGACUAUAAAUGGGUGGGAGCUCAUGAUUCAUCUAGCCUUCUUUGCUGGAACAGGAGUAAGGGUAGCAAAUGAGCUGGGAGCUGGAAAUGGUCAGGCAGCAAAAUUUGCAGCAAAAGUUUCUGCUGCGGAAUCCACCUUAAUUGCCCUAUUCUUCUGCAUACUUAUUAUUAUAUUCCGUGAUCAGUUUGGGUACAUAUUCACUUCCAGCACUGAUGUCCUCCAAUCAGUUAGUGAAAUGUCUUACCUCUUGGCCAUCACAAUUCUACUUAACGGUGUUCAACCUGUCUUAUCAGGAGUGGCUGUGGGCUCAGGAUGGCAAGCAUGGGUGGCAUAUAUAAAUCUUUUCUGCUACUACAUUAUUGGGCUCCCACUUGGAUUUGUAAUGGGAUGGGUCGCCAACUUAGGUGUUAUGGGUAUAUGGGGUGGGAUGAUCCUUGGUGGAACUGCUGUCCAAACAGUGCUGUUGGCCAUCGUGACAACACGACGUGAUUGGGAAAAGGAGGCUCAAGAGGCCAGCCAGCGUGUAAAUAAGUGGUCAACUCCUAACCCAGAUGAUCAAACAGAGGAACAACAAUAA